AUUUAGCUAUAGCUUUCAUCAGUUAUUAUCGUUACGUGCAGUUAUUAUUACAGUGAAGUAUUGUGACUGAACCAUCAAAAUGUACCCAGCCCUCAUUGGAAUUGCAUUAACCUGUAUGUUAGUAGGACUCGGAGAAUCCACCAAUUGUCAAGUCGGAAAUUGUGGAUGUAAUAAGAAGACAAUUAAUGUCAACAAACCUGGACUUCCAGCAAGGAAUCUUGAUGUCUGUUGUCCACCAUCUGGCUCAGCUAAAUGCAGUAAAUACUUACGUGCCGCUAGUGCAAAUGCUACUAAAGGUGCAUUUUGUACCUGUGACUUUAUUCGUGUCGUGGGAACGUGUUUGAAAGGAGAACAGUGUAACCCACUUCUACAUCCAGCUCAAGCCCAUUUAAAUGGCAUGCCAAUUUGCUGUCAAAGUGCUUCCGACAAACUGGCAGUGAACAAAAUUGUUCAUGGUGGUAAAGUCUCAUUUGCAUGUCAAUGUGCCCCUCGAGCACCAUGGACAGGCGACUGUUGGCAGGGUUCUCAAUGUAACUCAUGUGAUCCCGGAUACGUUGGAAGCGCAAAUGGCUUGAAGUUAUGCUGCGCCAACUGUCAAAAGAAAGGGCUCAUAAUAAACGCCGGAUCUAGGGAAUGUAAUUGCAACAAUUAAUCAAUGUUGAAAAUUAUUCCAUAAUGAAUUUAAUAAAAUUCUUUAUAUUGAAAGCG